AUGUACAUCAAGUCAAUUGUUCUGGAAGGAUUUAAAUCCUAUGCUCAGAAGACAGAAGUCUGUGACUUCGACCCGUUGUUCAAUGCCAUUACUGGCUUGAAUGGUAGUGGCAAGUCCAAUAUCCUGGACUCAAUCUGUUUCCUCUUGGGAAUCAACAACCUGUCACAGGUGCGAGCUUCCAACUUGCAAGAUCUAGUUUAUAAAAGUGGGCAAGCUGGAAUUACUAAAGCAACUGUGUCUAUUACCUUUGAUAAUACUGACAAGAAACGAAGUCCACUGGGAUUUGAAACUAAUGAUGAGAUCACCAUCACUAGGCAGGUUAUCAUUGGGGGUAGAAAUAAGUAUCUUAUCAAUGGUGCGAAUGCUAACAGCACUCGUGUGCAGGAUCUCUUCUGUUCCGUUGGACUCAAUGUCAAUAACCCUCACUUCCUGAUUAUGCAGGGGAGAAUUACCAAAGUUCUAAAUAUGAAGCCAUCAGAGAUUUUAGCUAUGAUUGAGGAAGCAGCUGGUACGAGGAUGUAUGAAUGCAAGAAAAUAAAUGUCCAGAAAACCAUAGAGAAGAAGGAAGCCAAACUGAAAGAGAUUCAAACGGUCUUAGAUGAGGAGAUCACUCCAACUUUACAGAAACUGAGAGAGGAACGAGCAACCUAUCUAGAAUACCAAAAGCUAACGCAAAAAAUAGAACAUUUAAGCCGUCUCUACAUAGCUUAUCAGUUUGUUCUGGCUGAAAAGACAAAGAUAUCCUCUGCUGAAAUAUUAAAUGAAAUGCAGUCUAGUGUAGAGAAGUUUCGGGAAUCAAUGGCCGAAAGUGAAAAGAAAGUGCGGCAACUUCAUGAAGAAAUAAUGGAGAUGCAAAAGGAAAGGGAUCAGGAAGCUGCUGGUAAGCUCUGUUCACUGGAAGAAGCUCUUUCGGAAGUUCAAAGAGCUAGUGCUAAAGUACAAAGUGCCUUUGAUCUCAGGAAGCAGAACUUAAAAAGUGAAAAGACUAAGUACGAAGAACUGGUAAAAGUUGUGCAGGAGGAUACUAAAGCAUUAGCAUCAAAGGAGAAAGAAGUAAAGAAGAUACAGAAAGAACUAAAUGCUUUACAGGAAAUAAGUGAAAAAGAUGCACGUGAUUUAGCUGUAGCACAACAACGUUUUAAUGCUGUGUCUGCUGGUUUGUCCAGCAAUGACGAUGGGGAAGAAGCUACUCUUGCUGGGCAGAUGAUGACCUGCAAAAAUGAAAUCAGCAGAGCAGUAACGGAGGCUAAACAGACUCAAAUGAAGUUGAAAUAUGCACAACAAGAGUUAAAGACAAAACAAACUGAAGUUAUAAAGAUGGAUGAAGUCUACAAGAAAGACCAGGAAGCACUUGAAGCCCUAAAAAAAACAAAAGAAAAAUUAGAGAAUCAAAUUAAGAAGCUGAACUAUGAAGAAGAGAAAGAAGAAGCCCUUUUAGCAAAAAAAAAGGCAUUGAUUUGUGACAUCAGCCAGCUGAGAGAAUCGUAUGAAAGCUUGGUGUCAAAGUUUCCUCAUCUACAGUUCGAAUACAAAAAUCCAGAAAAAAACUGGAAUCCAAACAAUGUGAAAGGCCCUGUUGUGCUUCUUAUCACUGUGAAGGAUGUAUCCAAAGCCAAAGCCUUAGAAGUGGUAGCUGGAGGGAAACUCUAUAACAUUAUUGUAGACACAGAGGUUACUGGCAAAAAGCUAUUAGAAAAGGGUGAACUAAAGCGUCGAUACACCAUCAUCCCACUAAACAAGAUUUCAGCCAGAUGUGUGGGACAAGAUAUAGUCAAAUUGGCCAAAACCUUGGUUGGUGACUGUAACCUCGAUUUAGCCCUUACUGUAGUUGGGUAUGAACCUGAACUCCAGAAAGCAAUGGAAUAUGUCUUUGGAACGACACUGAUUUGUAAUAACAUGGAUAAUGGUAAGAAAGUGACCUUUGACAAAAGGAUAAUGACAAGAAGUGUUACAAUUGAUGGAGAUACAUUUAACCCCAAUGGCACUCUGCAUGGAGGUGCAUUCUCACAGGCUGCAUCAAUCUUGUCCAAAAUUAAAGAAAUGAAAGAUGCUGAAGUAGAACUCAGGACGAAGGAAUCUGAACUUGGGGCUGUAGAGAAUGAGCUGGCAGGCUUGAAGAACGUUGCUGAAAAGUACCGGCAACUGAAGCAGCAGUGGGAGAUGAAAUCUGAGGAAGUAGAGCUGUUGGAAACUAAGCUUUGUCAGAGUGCUUAUCACAAACACGAGGAAGAGCUGCUUGCCCUGAAGAAAACCAUCGCGGAGUGUCAAGAGACAUUAAAGAAAACUGAAGAGAGCCAAAAGAAAGCAGAAGAAAAAUACAAGGUAUUAGAGAAUAAAAUGAAAAAUGCAGAAGCAGAAUGUGAAAAAGAAAUAAAAAAUGCCCAGGAGAAACUAGAUGAUGCCAAGAAAAAGGCAGAUUCUUCAAGCAAAGAAAUGAAAGAAAAGCAGCAGGAAUUUGAGGCUUUAGUUCUGGAGCUUGAAGAGCUAAAACAAGAACAGGCCUCCUGUGAACAGCAAGUAGCAGCUGCAGAUAAAGCAGUCAAAUCCUACCAGGAGCAGGUUGAUGCUAUGGAACCUGAGGUGUCUGAGGCAAAGGAAUCUGUAGAGAAGUUGCAGAAGGAGCUGGCCAAGCUUAAGGAAGAAAUUGCAUUACAGGAUAAAGAAAUUAAAGCUAAAUCUGCAGAGAUGGCAAAACACAGAGAACAAAAUAAUGGAUUACAGCUUCAGGUUAAAGAAUUAGAACACAAGAUCAGCAAACACCAGCAAGAAACUGCUGAUGCUGCUGCCAAGGUGACCAAGAUGCUGAAGGAGUAUGAGUGGAUAGCUUCAGACAAACACCUUUUUGGUCAGCCAAACUCAGCCUAUGACUUCAAAGCUAAUGAUCCUGAAGAAGCGGGUCAGAAGUUGCAGAAAUUACAAGAGAUGAAAGAGAAAAACAUGAGAGCAAUGACUAUGCUUUCUGAGACAGAGGAGCGGUACAAUGAGUUAAUGAGGAAAAAAAGAAUUGUAGAAAAUGACAAGUUGAAAAUUCUGGCAACUAUCAAAGAGCUUGACCAGAAGAAAACUGAAACUUUACAUAUUGCUUGGAAAAAGGUGAAUGAAGACUUUGGUUCAAUUUUCUCAACGCUUCUACCAGGAGCCAAAGCUAUGCUAGUGGCCUCUAAAACCCAGAAUGUCAUGGAUGGUCUGGAGUUCAGAAUUGCCUUAGGAAACACCUGGAAGGAAAACUUAACAGAACUUAGUGGAGGACAAAGAUCGUUGGUGGCCUUGUCCUUGAUCUUAGCCAUGCUUCUCUUCAAACCUGCUCCAAUUUACAUCUUGGAUGAAGUAGAUGCAGCUCUUGAUCUCUCUCAUACCCAGAAUAUUGGGCAAAUGCUUCGUUCUCAUUUCAGACACUCUCAGUUUAUUGUGGUGUCCUUGAAGGAUGGCAUGUUUAACAACGCCAACGUCCUCUACAAGACAAAGUUUGUGGAUGGUGUAUCCACUGUUGCAAGAUACGAGCAGUUUCAAAACAGAAGAAAGGAACCUGACCGUAAA